AUGUUUAAACCAAAGAAGGGAUAACAAUAACAACAAUAAUAGCCAUUUUACUUGAGUUGGUUCACAAAUUAAGGGGAAAAUCUAAAGAGAGGAGGAACAGCUCCUUAAUAGUCUCGAAAAGAACGAUUAUAAUUAAAAAGUCCCUACUAGCAACCAUUGACAACUGUAAUUCAUAUGGCUCCCAAUCCCUACAAUAGGAUUAUGCAAGCACCCAAAACGAAUAGCAACAUCCAGCAAAUCUCUAAGAUAUAUGCCCAAAAGUCUCAAUUAUCUAAAAGGAAAAGUCAAGAGUAUGAGCGACAACGUUAUGAUUUGAAGUCGUAGUCUUAACAAUCUCGAGCCUUUACUUAAUAGGGCAUUAGACCACUUAGAUUGAAUGAUGGCCGACCUCUGACCCAAUAAAAUCUAAUCGAAAACAAACUCUGUUGUGAUAAUUUAGGGAGUGAUGAGGAAUAAUAAGAACAAUUGACUCCAAGAGAUGAAAAAGAGGAUAUUGAUUUAGAUAAUAUUGGAGCAAACCAAUUCAUUAAUGAUUGUUUCUCAAAUGAAUCAAAUGAAGCAGAUAGUGAAGAUCACCAGAAUUUUCAAUUGCCAAUUUAGAAUGAUGACUAAAUUUAAAAUAAGUCUUUGAUUAAGGAAGAACCAAUAACAAGUCUGAGAAAUAACCAUAAUCAAAUAAAUAGGCCUUAGACUUCUGAAGGUGGAAGAAGAAAGAGAUUUAUGAAUUCCUUAAAUUAGGCAGACUAGAAUUAUGAGAAGAAAAAAGAGACUGAAUGUGAAUUAUUGGAAUAUGAAGCAAAUAUCAUCUUAGAGGAAGAAUAAGACAAUUAAGAAAUCGUUGAUACAAAUCUCAAAGCAUCUCCAAAGGUAAGUAAGUCAUAGCCAUAAAUAUAGGAGUUGAUCUCCAUUCGGUCAGGAUAUAGAAGAAAAUAAAAUGAUUUAAAUGAAUUAUAGGAAACCAAUAAUGAAGAACGACCUCCAUCCAGACACAAAACUCCUCCAAAAGCUACUGGACUGGAAUUGCCAUUGGAAAAUUGUGCAAAUAAUGUCCAGAGAGAUAGUGUUGACAUUCCCAUCAAAAAUAUGUAUGCAUAAAUAAAUGAUGAAAAGAUUUAAGAAGAAAAUGAUGGCGAAUUUGAUCUAGAUUUUUUUAAAAUGAACAAUAAGAUGAACUUCAAAAAGUUUCAAUAACAUGAUUUCCAAGGAUAUCAUACUGAUGAUGCAAAUAAGUUGAAUUAGUAAAGACAUCCUAAAUCAGCAAAUCUUAAAUAGAAUUAGUUACGUUCCCCACUUAAUUCUCAAAUUACUUCAGCUCAUUUAAGAAAUGAAGCUUAAAUAGUUAUAAAAUAUAAUAAUAGUUCUGCCAUUUAAAGAAGUGAUGAACCUAUUAAAGUUCCAUUUCAAACCUCAUUAGGAUAGGAUUUUUUAAGAUUGUUUGCCAACAAUCAAAUGGAAUGA